GCAACAGAGAGAACGAAGCAGCAGCGCCGUGCACGCCUUGCUCGUUGUGGGUAUGCGCCAAUAUGUGGGUUCGUCAUCAUCAUCGCUGUCUUGUCGGUCGCGUCCAUCGCGAACAACGCAUCGCGGUCCCGGGACCCGCUAACCUGGAUGGCCGCCGCUGCGCGAAGCGACGUCCCCGCGUCUCGUUCGCAAGUUGAGCAGCCGGACAACCUCGUCAACUUGGACUCCGCGUUGGACGACGACGAGUUCUCGGGCAGCUCGACCGCCGACAUCCUGCAGAGCUCGCCGCCCCCGCCGUACUACCGCAUCCAGGACCCGCCCAACAUCCGCUGCAAGCGCUGCCGCUCCCUGGGCACUUCGCGCGACCCGCCGGCCUUCUGGAAGCUCGUCGGCGUCUCCGCCAUGACGGUGGGCGCCAUCGCGCUCUGCUUCUUCUUCGUCGCCUGGUACAGGACCGACGCGGCCGCCACCACGGAAGCGGCCGGCCGCGCACCGCAGGCCAGGUCGGGACGCGAGGGAGGAGGGUCCGGCAACUGGGGCGCCCAGUCCUGGCGCUACCGGUCCCCGUCGCCCGGCGGCGACUGCGCCGGUUGCGUCGAGGGCAGCCGGUGCCGUCGUCACGACGACGGCUCCCUGGCGUGCACCAAGACGUGCCUGGCCGAGGAGUGGCCCUGCCGGUCGGGCCUGUGCGUGUCCAAGCACUCUCGCUGCGACGGGCUCGCCGACUGCGACGACCUGAGCGACGAGACCGGCUGCCCGUGCGACGAGGACGUCAACUUCCGCUGCGGCCUGAACACGUCGUGCCUGCCGCUGGACCGGCGGUGCGACGGCCGCGCCGACUGCUGGGACAUCGCGGACGAGGUCCACUGCCCCGUCGAGGAGUGCCCGCCGGGCGACCCCAAGCCGUACCACUGUCACUCGUGGCACUGCAUUCCCUCCGAGCUGGUGUGCGACGGCCAGGACGACUGCGAUGAUGGUAGCGACGAAGGAGGAUGUCCCGUCGACGUGGCCUCCCAGGAGUGAGCGUGCUUCGCCAUCUCACUGGCGAGGGAGCUUUUUUUUUUUAGGUUUGCCAAGCAGUGUGAUGGGCUUCAUCGACGACAGUAUGCACUUUGACCGUGUGUUUCUGCAACCGCAAACGCCCCCAGUGCUGGAAGUAUGUGGCCUUGUGACGUUUCCGGUGCAAGGCAUCGUUUCCUUUCUUUUCUUUUUUUCUUGUUCUGUUUUGUUUUUGACUUCCUGUAGCGAAAGAGGACAGUAUGGAUGCGCAACGCGGUCUAGUUCGUGAACAGGAGCGGUCUCUAAAGUUUUCUUUCAAGUGUGAUGUCUCUCGGAUUGUUUUAAUUCCUGAGGCGUCCUUGUUUCGCAAGGCGUUGACGUGUAUGGGGGACCGUCUUUGGUCGUCUGUAGCUUAGUGACUGUAUGCUGUGAAGCGCACUUCUAAACCAAUCUGUGGCAGUAGUUCUCUUGCGUAGUUCCUCGUACCUUGUGUGGUUGUUACUACCUUGUGCCUCCUCUUUUUUAUUCUUUUUUUAUUUCUGCCUGUACAUAGUUUCGGACGCUUCGCCGAACCACAGGAAACUCUCGAUUAAACUUCAGAAAUUCCGGCUGGUUUCUUAUGUCGCAAGUGAAUUUAGUGACGUAUAACGCAAUAACGCUUUGUUAACGUAGUGUCUGACUCCUUCGGAAGCGGUUAACUGCUGAAUGGAAGCUGUGCCUCCACUCGUGGGCGCAACCGCGUAUACUCUCGUCGCUUCCCGCCCCCCCCCCCCUCACCCCCCCUCCCCCCUCAACCGUCCGUUAGUGUUCAGAC